GACGGUGUUCACGUCCCACCAGCUGGAGGAGCUGGAGAAAGCUUUCCACGAGGCUCAUUACCCCGACGUCUACGCCCGAGAGAUGCUCGCCAUGAAGACGGAGCUGCCCGAGGACAGGAUACAGGUGUGGUUCCAGAACCGGCGCGCAAAGUGGCGAAAGCGUGAGAAGUGUUGGGGCCGCAGCAGCGUCAUGGCGGAGUACGGCCUGUACGGCGCCAUGGUGCGACACUCCAUCCCGCUGCCGGAGUCCAUCCUCAACUCCGCCAAGAACGGCAUGAUGGGCUCGUGCGCCCCCUGGCUGCUCGGUGAGCCGCAUGCACGGAUGCACAAGAAGUCUCUGGAAAUGUCCAAAAAGUGUCCCAGUCCACGGGAGUCCGACUCCGCCCGACCCGACUCGUUCUGCGACGCGGAGCGACGGGGCAGCAGCGAGGCGAGAGAGGAAGAGGAGGAGGAGCUGCUGGAGAUGGAGGAGGAGGAGAUGGAGGAGGAGGUGGCCAUCGACCUGUCCUCCUCCUCCAAACAGCAGCAGCAGCAGGAGGACGCCGUCGGCUCCGCAAGACCCGCCUCCUCGCCGCGACGGCAGAGCGGCGCCGAAUCAGACAGCUGA